UACCCCUGCCCAGCCGGCUACCAGCAUGAACGACGAGAUCGAGGUCCGCGUCCCCGGGAGCCCCAAGCGCUUCCACCUCAACUGCUGGUCCGUGUCGGGUCUGGAGUCCUGCGUGACGGUGCGCGUGGACGAUUCGGUGCGGUAUGCCUUCGAUAUCGGGCAUGCCACGCGCGCCUCCAUCAUGUGCGACCAUGUCUUCGUCACGCACGGCCACAUCGAUCACUGCGGCGCCCUGCCCAAACAUGUCUCGCAGCGGGAACUGCGCAGUCGGCCCCCGUCCACGUACUACUGUCCCCCGGACAUUGAGGAGUCGCUGCUGACCAUCUGCCAGGGAUUCGCCGCCAUGAAUGAGGGGUACAUAAACAAGCCUCUCUCACCCAGCCGCAAAUCCGUGGCGUCCCCCGUGGGCCAGGACAUUCCCUUAUCCCAUGGGCGUGUCGCGCGCCCCUUCCGCACCUACCACCGUGUGGCCAGCCAGGGCUACCUCAUCUACGCCCACACCCGCACCCGCAUCACGGAGUACAUGCACCUGUCCGGACCGGAAAUCGGCGAGUACAUGGCGCAGGGCAUCCAGGUGUGGGAGAACAAACACCUACCGGAAAUCGCCUACACCGGUGACACCACCUUCGACACCUUCCUUGAUCCCGACAACGCUGAUCUCCUGCGCUCCAGUAUUUUGAUAACCGAAGCUACGUACAUUGACGACCGGCAGCCGGCGGAGAAGGCCCGCCAGCGCGGCCACAUCCAUCUGCAGGACAUAGCUAAGAACGCCGAACUAUUCCGCCAUAUUGGCGCGCUGGUGCUGGUGCAUCUGUCGGACCGGUACACCAGCGGCCAGGCGCAGCACUGGGUGCGCCGUCUGCUGCCGCAGUGGUUGCUGAAUAAAACCUGGGUCCCCAUGUUGAUGAAGGAUAUGGAGGGCGGUUAUACGUACUGAAUUACCCGGACCAGUUUGUGUCAUGAUUUCAUUCGAAGGAUUCUUCCACAGUGAUGAUGGCUCAUGGAUAUUUGACGGAAGUACUUGACGUUUUUGUACCACAUUGUUAUUUACAGUGUGAGUAUCUGGGAUGACGGUCCGGUGGUUUUUUUUUUGGACCUUUUAUAUAAAAAAUCCAGAGAUUUUGUUUGCGGUGAAAUGAAGUUAGUGGAAUGGUUGUGACUUCUGUAAAAAAAACUGUGAAUAGAUUUUUGUAGAAUUAAAACUGCCUGAUUCAUUCUGUGAAACUUUUGCCUGUCGCCUUUUCGCAAAGAACUAAUGGCUUGAAAAUGCAGCAGAUUAAACUGGUCUUCAUUGCUGC